CGCUUCAUCGAGUGAGGGCUUCCUCCUUUGGCGGAAGUGAAUCUAUGUGCCCUUCGAAUUAACGUGGGAUGCAGCAAAUCGUCCGGUGUUGAAUGGUGUGACGGGGGUAAUCACUGUAACGUUUUAGUUACAUUUACUGGUGUAGUGGUUGAUACUUGCCUCAGAGAACAUGCCUCUACACAAGUACCCCCCGCGGAUAUGGGAAAUGUUGAAGAUGAAACAGGGCAUCUAUGCCCGACUCCCUCAGCACUAUCUGCGCUCGCUGCAGGAGACGCGGCCACCCACCGCAGUCCACUGGAAGCCUCUAGGGGUGAAAUACAGGCUCAACCCAGAAACUAAAGUCCGAGAACGCGUCCAGGACGUCCCUAUCCCCAUCUACUACCCCCCGGAAUCUCAAAGGGGGCUUUGGGGAGGGGAAGGCUGGGUGUCAGGAUUCAAGUAUGCCAACAACGAUAAGCUCUCUAAUCGGUUGAAGAAGUGCUGGAAGCCACAGCUGUUUGUCAGAGAGCUGUAUAGUGAGAUCCUGGAUCAGAAGUUCAAAAUCACAGUCACCUCCCGAACCCUGGACGUCAUCGAUGCUGCCUAUGGCUUCGACUUCUACAUCCUCAAGACUCCGAAGGAGGACCUGAACUCCAAGCUGGGGAUGGAUCUGAAACGGGCUAUGCUUCUCCGCCUGGCACGCAGGAACACCGAGCUCCACCCAGACGACCCCGCCCGCAGGGAGAUGAUCUACAACAAGUAUAAGGAGUUUGAGAUCCCUGAAGAGGAGGCUGAAUGGGUGGGGCUGAGCCUAGAGGAGGCUGUGGAGAAACAGAGACUCCUGGAGCACAAGGAGCCGACGCCCAAUUUCAUAACCUGCGUGGACAAACUGCUGAACGAGCUGGCCGUCCAAAAGCUGUCUGAACCUCAGGUGGUGGAGAAGUGAGUGCCCUGUCCAGAGGUGCCCCCGCACGCCCCGCCCCCCUCUCACCGGUCCGCGCUACUCUGUGGUUGGGCAGGAGAGACUGACACCUGCUGAUGAAAGACACUUAUUUAUCCAGGCCUCAUGACUGACUUAUUCAUCAGUUUCUCCUGGGCCUACUGCUCCGGAGUUUGUUGCCCUGUGCUGUCACUGCUGGCCCAGUAGGGGCUUCCCUCAGUCUCUCUGGGUGUGCAAUUUAGCUGAAACUGUGUUUCCAUUAGUCUAAAGAAAGAAAUAAAAUAUUGUUUUCCAUCUUA